CAAGAGGGCUGGCAGCUUCCGCGGCGCCGCGCGGCGGUUGGGUAGGGGAACGGUUGGGUGUUUAGAGCCGUCGUUCUCUGCUCCGCCACCAUGGACUCGCGUAAGCUGAGCGAGCUGCGGGCCUUCGUCAGGCUGUGUAAGCAGAACCCGGGCCUGCUGCACACCGAGGAGCUGGGCUUCCUGCGCGAGUGGGUGGAGAGCAUGGGAGGCACGAUACCACCUGCUCCAGCCAGUACUUCCACAGAUGAGACAAGUAAGGGUAAAGCAGAAGAACAGCCAGAGGAACCAGUUAAAUCUCCUGAGCCAGAAAGUGAAGAGAGUGACUUAGAAAUUGACAAUGAGGGAGUGAUUGAACCUGAUAAUGAUGACCCUCAAGAAAUGGGAGACGAAAAUGUGGAGGUAACUGAAGAGAUGAUGGAUCAAGCUAAUGAGAAGAAGAUGGAAGCUAUCAAUGCCUUAAGUGAAGGUGAACUUCAGAAGGCUGUCGAUUUGUUCACAGAUGCUAUCAAGCUGAAUCCUUGUUUGGCUAUCUUGUAUGCUAAGAGAGCAAGUGUUUUUGUGAAACUACAGAAGCCAAAUGCUGCCAUUCGAGAUUGCGACAGAGCCAUCAAGAUUAAUCCUGACUCAGCACAGACUUAUAAAUGGAGGGGGAAAGCGCAUAGACUUCUGGGUCACUGGGAGGAGGCUGCUCGUGAUCUUGCUCUAGCCUGUAAACUGGAUUAUGAUGAAGAUGCUAGUGCCAUGCUGAAGGAGGUGCAGCCAAGGGCUCAGAAAAUUGCAGAACAUCGCCGAAAGUAUGAACGGAAACGUGAAGAAAAGGAGAUCAAGGAGAGAAUGGAAAGAGUGAAGAAGGCACGAGAGGAGCAUGAGAGAGCGCAAAGGGAGGAAGAAGCAAGACGACAAGCAGGAGGAGCUCAAUUUGGUGGUUUCCCAGGUGGCUUCCCGGGUGGAUUUCCUGGGGCUAUGCCUGGAGGUAUGCCAGGUCUCAAUGAGAUUCUCAGUGAUCCAGAAGUCCUUGCGGCCAUGCAGGAUCCAGAAGUUAUGGCUGCAUUCCAAGACGUUGCCCAGAACCCAGCAAAUAUGUCCAAGUACCAGAACAAUCCCAAGGUCAUGAGUCUCAUCAGUAAAUUGUCUGCUAAAUUUGGCAGUAAACCAUAAAAUCCCCGGUUCAUAAAAAUAAUUUUUGAGUGGGAAGGGUUGAUUUGGCUAACCAGUGUUGCAAUAAAACAAACCAUUGUACCUCUGAUCUUCUUAAGAAGAGAAACUGUGUGUUCUAAGGAGAACUGCUCUCUAGCCCCAAAUGUUGACUUUAUUCAGUGAUUGAUUUACAGCACUCUAAUUAUAUUCAGAUGACCUAGUUUAAGCCAUGCCUCCUUGUCCAAGAAUUGCAACGUUUCAUGGCAAGUAUUAAAUACAGUUUAACAUUCCUGUGAGCAAUAUUCAGGAGUGUAAGAUAAAAGCCUCUCUUUUUUGUUUGUUUGUUUUUUGGGUUUUCUGUCUUUUUUUUUCUUUAAUUAUUUUUCCUCAGUGAACAAAAAGCAAGGAACUUAGAUGAAGUCUGUCUUAAACUAGUUAGGACAGAAAAAUUGCCUACUCACGAGUAGCAAAGGUGGGAUAAAUCUGAAGAAUUAACUGGAUAAAGGUGUUGCCUACAAAUAAAAAUCCAUACUGUUUUUUUUUUUUUUUUAAACAAGUGACUGACUUUAUAUAGAUAUUAAAACAAUCAAAAUAACCAUGAUAGUUAGUUUCACACUGGAACUUCUGGCAGUACUGCAAAUAUUACAUUAUCUUGAUGAUCACAGUCGUACAGCAAAUGUGCUCUCCUAUCCUUUGCACAACCUGGCAUGAAGUACAUACUGUGGAGGCCACAGGAGUUUUACUUAUUCAGAUAUUGUCCAGCAUGUUUAUGUAAUGUUGAGUUUGGGUUGUUGUUUUUUUUUUAAUUAGUCUGGGUAUGGGAGAGCAGCUUACUGUCUGUGCUUGUGCUCUUGUCCUUGCCCAGUUGGCAGGUCCUCAUCUGGUAGCACUCGCCCUUCCUUGGUGUGUGCUUGCCAGGUUUCAUCUAUUUGGAAACUUUAGGGAAGGAGUCUGUUCUCAUUGCUACCUCUGUCUCAUCGAAUGCAAGCCAUCCAGAACAUGUAAAUAUAGAGUUAUAAAUUGGUGACGGGGAGAAUAUCCAACAAGGUUGCAGCGUGGGGUUCUGAAUUGGUUUGAGUCCUUAUGUGCUUACAGAUAAAACUUAUUGGCAGAAGUCCUGUGUCUGUGUAGAGAUGAUGACUCUUCCUCCAGUGCAUACUGUAGUCUUCUGUCUUUUUUUUCUUUUCUUUUCUUUUUUUUUCUUUCUUUUUUUUUUUUUUUAAGAGAAAGAGAGAGGUGGGGAGAAGAGAGAGGAAGGAAGGUAUUUUUGUGAUUUCGUACUUCCGUGCUUUUGAGACUUGGGAUACGGAGGAAGAGAUGAGUAACUAAAGCAGACAGAACGUUCUUCUAAUGCUUAUGAAUUCUGAGCAUGUGUAUUCUUGAAGCUUUCUGUGCUGUUAAUGGUGUUCAUUUGUCUACUGUAAGGACCAGUGUUGCCUCUGCUUGUCUUAGUUAAAACAUAAAACAUCUUUCAGUGGAAAAGCGGUCACAAUUAACUGUUCACUGCUUGAGUCUCAACAUUUGUUUGUUACUCUUUUGUAAUUCUGUAUCUUAAGCCAUAACUGUUGUUACCAAUUUUAAUUAAAUCUGGAUUGGUGUAGGAAUUAAAAAAAAAAAAAAGAAAGAAAAAAGAAAAGUAAAUCCCCAAAUGCUUUUUCUCAUACUAAUGAUCCUGCAGAGUAAAAUGUGAAUCUUUUUGCUUAAGAAAUAUAGUUCUGAAUACUUCUAGUAGCCUUUCAAAAUAAAGUAUGGUUUUGGAAAAUAAAACUUCUUGGAUUUGUGUAACUUUCUGAUAGAACCUAUUUUGCUGAAGUUAAAUGUGGAAAUGCUUCAAUUAAACUGUAUAUAUAUGACCUGUGAUUUAAAUUAGAACUAAGUGCUUAAUGGUUUGUCUUGGUGACCAAGCAAAUUCAAGCUAUGAUGGAGUGUUGCUUUGUGCCCAGCUUUUGAUCAUUCUCUGAUCUCCUGUUCCCAAGAGGAGAGGCUUGAAGUAGGCCACCCCUUGGCACAGACUGAAGCUCUACUUCUGCUUCAUUCAUGCUGUUGCAUAUAUGCUCUGUGUGAUGUAGUCUUUAAUACAGAUUAAUUCCCUACGGUUUCCUCUUACUUCCUCUUGGCUGUUUGUAUUUGUCUACCCAUAGCUAGUCAAAAGUCAGAAGCUACCCCAGUAGAAAUGGUCAUUCGUGUGUCCUGUCUGCUUGCUUACACAUCGGUUACCCUUAUUCAGAGUUAAUUGAUGCUAACAAAAUGUUCUCCCAAUUCCUUUGGUUUUAGCUUUAGCAGCGUAGCUGAAUUCUUUUGUCUGUUUGGGAAUGCACAUCCCAUGACUCGUUUAUGUGGUCUUUGUUUUCUUUUCAGUGCUAUCUGGUAAGAUAGUUGAAGAGAUCUCUGGACCUCAUCUCAGUUCCCCAGGAUGCUGCAUUGAAACCUAAGCAGCUAAACUGCUUUGAACAGAAGUGCAAGUGCAAAAACAUAACUGCACUGGAGAAGAGCAAAGAUGAGGAUAGUUCCUGUUCUGGGGUACAGGUAGCUACGAGCAAGUAACUUUUCUGUUCAGAACUUGCUCCAGCAUUUACUGGCAGUCCUUGAGGUUAAUUGCUCCAUUGCAGCACAGAGUAGGGAUUGUGCUUAUCAGUACAGCGGCAGUAAUUCAGCUUAGCUGACAACUUGACUUUGAGAACAGAAUGUUUUUUAAAAAUUGCUCUCGUUUCACUUUUGGACUGCGAAUAAAGAGCACUUGCCAAAUUAGCUUGGUUUUCCUUAAUUUGGAAGGUGGUAAUCAGAUGGGUGGGAGCCAGACUCUCAGAUUUGGACAAAACUGGGCUGAGUGUGUCAAUAAAUGAGUAUUAAAAAGCCAUGUGAAGGUAAAACCAUGUGG